GUGCGGAGCGGGGCCGGGAGCGGCGCGGCGCGGCGCGGAGCGGGCAGGAUGCGGGGCUGGGCGCUGGCCCUGCUGCUGGGCGCGCUGCGGGCGGGCGGCACCGAGCUCACCUUCGAGCUGCCCGACAGCGACAAGCAGUGCUUCCACCAGGAGAUGGAGCGGGGCCUCAAGUUCACGCUGGACUACCAGGUGAUCACCGGAGGGCACUACGAUGUGGACUGCUACGUGGAGGACCCCAAUGGCAGGACGAUCUACAGGGAGACCAAGAAGCAGUAUGACAGUUUCCCACACCACACCGAACUCAAGGGCAUCUACACCUUCUGCUUCAGCAACGAGUUCUCCACCUUCUCCCAUAAGACCGUCUACUUCAACCUGCAGGUGGGCGACGAGCCGCCCAUCCUGCCCGACAUGAGCAGCCGCGUCACCGCCUUGACACAGAUGGAGUCUGCCUGCGUCACCAUCCACGAGGCUCUGAACGCGGUGAUAGACUCCCAGACUCACUACCGGCUGCGGGAAGCGCAGGACCGGAGCAGAGCCGAAGACCUCAACGGCCGGGUCUCGUACUGGUCGGUGGGGGAAACCGUCAUCCUCUUUGUGGUCAGCAUUGGGCAAGUGAUGCUGCUCAAAAGCUUCUUCACCGAGAAGAGACCAGGCAGCGGCGGAGCUGGCACCUAAUGCCGAAGCUGUGCCCAUGCCCAAACUGCAGGAGGGGGAGGCAGGAGGGAGCGGGCAGACAGCGUUCCCCUGGGUCACGCUCGACCUCUGCUUUUCACAGGGUGCUGCCGUGGGGACGUGGCUGGGGAUGGAGCAGAGGGUGACGUGACUGCUGAGCUGGAUGGAGGACGGUCACCCGAGCACCAGCCCCCCCACGCGAACCCCACCAGCAGCACCUCCCGCUUUGCUGCCACCCCCCCUGCCUGCUGCCCCUCCGUGCCCUGCCCCGCUCCCCGGCUCUCCCAGGGGUUUGGGCUCGCGGGGGCUCUGCACCAACGCUCUGCUCCCGUGUCCGUGCCAGGUGCGACUGCAGGGUGCAGUCACAAGGCCACGGGCACCCAGCAGAGCGCAGGGCAGGGAGCUGUGCCCCCAGCAGAGCCCCCAGUGCCCCCCUCCUGGGUGCUCCCGCAGCCUGCCGUGCUGCCCUGGGGGCUGCAGCAUCCGUGCGUCCCUGGCCGUGCGAGGCAGGCGGAGCGGCUGUGUGCGCACAGCUCCCCUCUGUGUCCGCAGCGGGCAGGUCGUUCCCCGUUCCCCUGGAGCACGCUGCAGCACCGGCCGAGGCUGGGAGCGGGGUCCCAGGAGACCCUGGCUGGCUCAAAAAACGGAGGUGAGGUUUCAGCCGGGGCUUUUUGCUUGGUUAUUUCAUGUGCUUUCACACUUCUCACGAUGCAGCAUUUCCCAGGCCCUUUUCUGCCACAUGCACGGGCGGUGUGCGCCACAGAAGACAUUUUCAUCCUUACAUGAGUCCAUGCCAGGGACUUGUGCUGAGACCCAGACCCCUUCCCCGAGCCCCAGCCACCUCAGCAGAGGCUCUUGGGGGGCAAGUUGGGUGGGUUCAUUGCACCGUGCGAGGCAGAAGGGGUGGGCACAGCUCCGCUUUGUCCCAGCCAAGGAAGCCCCCAGGAGCCGCGCUCCCUGCAGUCCCUCGGGACAGAGCCCCCCAGCAGCAACGGCUGCAGCACCCAGCCGUCCCCAACCCCUCCGGCAGCUCCUGCCAGACCCAUGGGAGAUCAGCACCACUGUCGUUCCCCUUUGCCACUUCAUAAUAAACCAUGCGACUGUG